AUGCAUACCCCGCGAUUCGAGGGGUCGGUGAAACCGGAAGCUGCAGAGGAGUGGCUCACCCAGAUGUCUCAGGACUUGGAGUACUUGCAGUGCCCGUACCAAUAUCGGGCUAUGAUUGCGAGCCAUCACCUGUCGGGUCAAGCCCGACAUUGGUGGGCGAAGGUGGUGCAGGAGGCGCCAGCAGGACAUCGCUUUACAUGGGAGGAGUUCCGACAGGAAUUCGAGACGAAGUACUUCCGACAACAGGAUCGGGAGUACCGGGUAGCAGAGUUCCUCAUGCUGCAGCAAGGAGACAUGACCGUCAGUGAGUACGAGGAGGAGUUCACCCGCCUACUGAGGUAUGGAGGGCAUCUGGUGCCCACCGAGGCGUCGAAGAUCCAGAAGUUCAUUGCUGGACUCCGACCCUACCUGCGGAGGAGGAUCGAGAUCCAGGAGUAUCCGACGCUGAGUCGGUAUAUUGCCCAGCUGGAGAAGGUAGAACGUGGAGAGCAAGAGGAGAAGGAGGGGAAGAUCCGGGAGCGGAGCCCCGCUGGGAGAUACUUCGGUACGGGUUCAUCCGGGAGGAACGCCCGGAGCAAUGACCCGCGCAACAAGGGCAAGGCGCCCGUUGAUCGUGCCCCACCACCACUGGCGACAACGGGGCCAGUGAUCUGUUUCCGUUGCGAGCAGCCUGGACACAUUGCCUCACGUUGUCCGACGAGGGCUACUGGACCACCAGCUCCGGCGCCAAGAGCCCCACGACCACCAGGCCAGGCAAGCAGACCACCCAGACCACCAGUGAGGACUGGAGCCACACCGAGAGUGUAUGCUCUUGAUGCUGAGCGAGACAUCCAGGAGGAGGAGGAAGCUUGUCCAGAAGAAGCGGAGGCUGCGACGAUCGCAGGUACCUCUCUAAUUAUAUUGGGUGAUUUCGUUGUUGGUGUGGGACAACCCACUAUUGUUUGA